CGGAUCCUGUGCACGAUCUGCGUAACAUCACUUUGGAUACAGCGAAGCCGAGUAGUCCACCAAGGUGGACGAGUUUCACAAGAAAACAGCGUAAGCGAAUUCAGGCAAGCAGCAGGGCGACACUUACGAGCGCUGGCUAAACGAGAGCGGAGGAAACCGCACACAAUGGUCCAGGGCACACGGCUACUGCUCUGCCUAGAUAUGUAUGACUGCCCCUUCAUGAGACACCACAGCAAGUGGUGA